AUGAAGCUUACUUCGCUUUCCCUUUGGGGGCUUUUCCUAUUACUUUCUGUUGAUUUAAUUUAUGGAGGAACUGAUUAUUAUCAAAUUCUGGGCGUUCAUCGCUCUGCAACACAACGAGAAAUUAAAAAACAAUAUAAACAAUUGUCAAAAAAAUAUCACCCUGAUAAGAAUCCUGGUGAUAAAGAAGCUGAACAAAAGUUCGUUCAAUUAGCUGAAGCUUACGAAGUUUUAUCUGACGAAACAAAACGUUCAAUCUAUGAUAAGUACGGUGAGGAAGGAUUAAAGCAACACGGCUCCGGUGGCAAUAAUUUUCAUAAUCCCUUUGAUAUCUUUGCUAAAUUCUUUGGUGGAUCGGGUCACUUUGGUGAUUCUAAUUCGCAGGAACGUCAAGGUCCAAAUAUAAUUAUGGAUAUAGAAGUUGACUUAAAAGAGUUAUAUUUAGGAACUCAAUUUGAUGUUGAUAUUUCAAAACAAGUAAUUUGCUCUCAUUGUAGAGGAAGUGGUGCUAAAAGUGAUGAUGAUGUCAUAUCAUGCGAUGCUUGUGGUGGACGAGGUGUUAAAGUAGUUAAACAAAUGCUCGGUCCAGGAAUAUUUCAACAAUUUCAUUCCACGUGUGAUUCAUGUGGAGGAAAAGGUAAAAUUGUAAAGUCUAAAUGCCCCAUUUGUGGUGGAAAGAAGGUUCUACGCGCGAAUGAACAGUUAACUGUCAUUAUAGAUCGAGGAAUGAAAGAUGGAAACACUGUGGUUUUCGAGAAAGAAAGUGAUGAGGCUCCAGAUACGAUACCUGGUGAUAUCAUAUUUAAAAUAAAAACUCUUCCAAAUUCAAUAUUUACAAGAAAUGGUGAUAAUUUAUAUAAAAAAGAAACCAUUUCAUUAAUUGACGCACUUACCGGUUUUGAAAGAAAUUUGACACAUCUUGAUGGUAGAAUCGUCACAAUAAAACGUGAUACAGUGACACAGCCAAAUCUUGUUCAAAUUAUUAAGAAUGAGGGUAUGCCAAAGCAUCGAACACAAGCUAAAGGUGACUUAUAUGUAGAAUACACUGUAGUGUUUCCUUCAGUCAUUGAUGAUGUAACAAAAGAAG